GGGGAGGAGUGGAAGGAGGAAGGGGAGAGGGCGGGGAGGACUCCGCCGGACUAGGCUUGAAAGGAGGAUGGGCUAGACUGGGAGAGGAGGGCGGGAGGCUAGAAGUGGCAGGAAGCCGGACCGGGCCGGGGGCCAACCCGGGAGAGGCAAGCCUAGCACCGAGCACGGCCGUGCGGAGCUGCUGCAGCGGCGGCGGCUGCGGCUGGAGGCGGAGCCGGAGCAGCCUCCGCUGCUGCUGCGGCCCCCGCGUGGGGGCGAGCCGUGGGGUAUAGGGCGCCCACCCCGGGUCUCCCUGCACUGCGCCCCAGGGGCUGCAGCGGGCGAGGGUUCCCUGCUCGCCCGGCCGAGGCCGCCGGGUAGAUGACGUGGACCAGCAGCAUGAGCAGUGGUUACAGCAGCCUGGAGGAGGACACGGAGGACUUCUUCUUCACCGCCAGGACCUCCUUUUUCAGAAGACCUCCCCAGGGCAAGCUCCGCGCCGGCCAGCAAGAUGUUGAGAAAGAGAAGGAAACCCACAAUUAUCUCAGCAAAGAAGAAAUCAAAGAGAAGGUUCACAACUACAAUUUAGCUGUUACAGACAAAUUGAAGAUGACCUUGAAUUCCAAUGGGAUUUACACUGGCUUUAUCAAAGUUCAGAUGGAUUUGUGCAGACCUAUCAAUGCAUUAACUUCUUGGAACCCAGAAAAACACGCCUCCAACAAUAAUGGCUGCAUGAAUACACUUCACAUCAGCAGCACCAACACUGUCCGGGAAGUUAUUGAGGCCUUGCUCAAGAAGUUUCUAGUGUCUGAAAGCCCAGCCAAGUUUGCACUUUAUAAGCGUUGUCACAAGGAAGACCAAGUUUACGCGUGCAAACUCUCAGACCGAGAACACCCCCUUUAUCUGCGUUUGGUAGCAGGGCCAAGGACAGAAACUCUGAGCUUUGUUCUGCGUGAACGUGAAACCGGAGAGUGGGAAGCCUUCAGUCUUCCUGAGCUACAGAACUUCUUGCGGAUCCUGGACAAGGAAGAAGACGAACAGCUUCAGAACCUUAAACGGCGCUAUGCAACUUACAGACACAAACUUGAAAAAGCCCUCGAAGAAAGAUGGAAGCUGGAUUAAACAGCAGCCCUGGACCACUCAGGAAUAGUGCAGGCUACUUAAAAAAAAACAAAAAACAAAAAUUAAAAAACCAACAAACUCAGACGUAGCACGCUCAGUACAGUCAACAAGGCGGCAGCAGGUGUGCUCUUAAAUGAGCUGGUUUACAGUUCUGUGAUGACAGGUUACCUCUCCUAAAUUUGUAGAUUUAGUCCCAUUCGGCACCUGGCACCUAUUACCUGUCUAAGGGACCUGCAGGCUUAUCAUACCACCCCAGAAUCCCCUGUUGGUGAGUGGCAUCACCCUUCAGCAGGCUGUAAAUCUGUGGUAGAUUGCUAACAGGAUUCUAGGAUGCUUUGAAAUAUGAAGGAUAGGGUGUGGUUUUCCCUGUACUUUUUUUUUUUAUGAUUUUAUGGCUUUUAGCCCAAGAAAUCUACAAAUUGGUUAUUUUUUUAAAAAGCUGAAAGAAAAAUCCAGUGUGAACAGUUUUAGGCAUCAAACUAUACUGUUUUUCCUGUUAUUAAACAGUUUAUGAUUUUGCAUGAAAACAGCCAUGUAUAGUGGAAGGCAUAAGGAAGCUAGGAAUUUUUGAGAAAUUUUUGAAGGCUUUUUGAUGGAGUAGAACUAAAGAAAGAAAAUAGUAAGUUAGAAAGAAGGCAUGAGUAGAGACAGGAAUCCUUUGGUGGCCAGCAGUGGAAUUGUGAGUAGUUUGGUUAUGAUGAUAAGAGGGAUGUGGAAGUUGCUUAUAACUCACUUUUAAAACAAGACAGUUUUAAGGUAUAAGAUGUUCUAUAUAUGGGAUGACUUGAUUUCUUGGGGGGAGGGGAGUAAAGAAAAAGCCAGGUUGCCCCUGAGGUUGCCAUGAGGACUGAGGGUUAGCCACUGUACCUUAUAAACCUGGGCCUUUGUCUAAGCAGAGCGGUACCGUCAGAUAACUUGGGAUAAGCUACUUUACCUGUAUGAACCUACCAGGUGUGGAAUGGCAGGUCUGUUUCCUUACCAAACAGACCUAAAACCAAGAGAGGCACAGACCAGUUUCCAAGGAAUUAUGAACACUGGUGAUGCCCAAUGAUGUCCCCUUAAACAUUUUAGAAACCGUGUUGCCAUUGUGUGGUUUCUAUUACGUGAGGUUGUUUCCUAGGAAGGUCUGUCUUUGUCCUUAGCAGAAAAGACUGGAGGAAAUGAAUUAUUUCACCUGCUUUCUCAUGAAAAAGACACAGGUCAGAAGCUGCAUCUGAUUCUUAUUUUCUAGACUAAAGUACUCAAAGCCUCGUGGAGCAUCCAUAGUCAUUUCUUUCCUUCCCCUUCUCCUUCCAUUCUACCUUUUCCUCUAUUCUUUGGAGUCUGUGAUAUUCCAGUACUGAACCAGGAUGUGUUACGUUGCCAGGUUCUCCCCUCCCCAUCCAAGACUGCUCAGCCCCUGGCAGAAUCAGAGCAUGUAGGGGAAAAGGAGGGGAAGAGUUUGUAUUUGACUGCUAAUGUAACUGGUAUUCUUACAGAGACAUUUAUUUAAACAACAGAUGCUCGUUCCAACCAACCAAAGAGAUGGAUGGGUGUGCAAUAGAAGCCUUUCUCAAAUCAGGUUCAAGUAACUCCUCACUCGAGUAGUCCUAGCAUAAAUGGUUUAUUCCAGUGGAAACAUGAAAAAAGAAAAUAAAGUCUGCUUAAGUUCAAGAGGGCCCAUGCUGCCCAUUUUUUACUCUAGACAUUUAUUAUAAAUUCCCAAGGAAUUGUUAACACUUUAGUGACACCUAAUGGCUUCUUUGCGAAACUCCAGGGUGGUUCAGUCCUGUGCCUCUUAAUCUGCAAACUGUGCCUUGUUGUUGCUUCCUCUCCUCAUUUCCAGACUUUCAGGCUGACUUGAUGAAGAACAAUCGUUGUGUCCUAAUCGUUUGUGGGUUAUGCAGUACUACACAAGUGACUGAGACAAUCAUAUCUUCUGCAACUGUUAAGGAAAAGGUUUUUUUAAAUGUAGAAUGAUAUAAAAUAUGUUUGCCACACCAUGUCUGUUUAGUUUGCAUGAAACUGUGUAGGGCAUGUAUGAGGUUUUUUUAAGUGACGUUAUCAACAGACACUUUACUGUAACGUUCAGGGAAUGCUGGUAUUUUCUUUUUAUUAUUCAGACCACAGCCUGGGUUUGAGUAUUCUCUUAGCAACCACCACCUGACUUUUGACUAACCUGUCCCAGUUAGAUGAGAAGUUUCUAUUUCUUGAAACUUUGACUUUUCCUAUUUGAAUGCUCCUAGGAUCUAACAGUAGCUGAUGGGUAUCUGUGAAUUAUCUUUUUUCUUUUUUUACUUGAAGUAGAUUGUCUGUAAAAUAGGCAUCCGCAUUUUAUAUGAUCCAGAAACCUCAGUGGUUGUCUUAAAUGCACUACAAGUUAUGAUUUGGAAAACUUACUGUAUUGAAAUUUGCAGGUCUAGAAAGACUGAUUUUGUUGUGUACUCUAUCCCCCAUUCCCCUGCAACACUGGUUACUGCAGCAGCUUUUAAAUGUUUGAAAAAAGAAGUUUUUUUAAAAGGUCUGGUCUAGCCAAAGAAAUAUUUUGAGUUUAUUUUUUACCAGUUGCUAUAUUAAAUGACCUAAGUUUUGCUGUAGUGUUGUUGAUAGUCAGUAUGUGAUGGUACAGGAAAGAGGUUGAAGUAAGGUGGUGGUAAUGCAGGGAAGCAUUUUAAAUUGUAAAAGUAAAAAAAAAAGUUUUUUUUUUAAAGUUAUACUAUUUAUAAUUUUGACAAGUUUAAUUUUAUUUUUAUAGGGAAAAUAUUUUCCCCUGAAAAUUGUUUCUGAAAUGGCAAAUUGUGGUUCCACUUAUUAAAGUUGCAGUUGUUGUUUG